CUCCACGUCGGAGGAGCGGCAGGCUGGAAGUGCGCAUGUGAUUGAUGUCUCCUCGGGGUGUUUAGUGUCCGGGACGCGGCGCUCCGCCUGAGUCGCGCCGCGGCUGCUCCAGUCAGCUCCACAUCUGCGCCACAUCUGCUCCACAUCUGCCCGCUCCCUUGUUUUUGUUUCCGUGCGCCGGAGCCGGAGCUUUCUGGAAAAAAACCCCGAGAUUCAGCAAAGAACCGCCGAAGUUUGCCGGCCAUGUAGAGGUCUCCCCCCCGGGGAUGGCGUGGGAGUAGUUUUCUGCAGGAGCAGCGCUGGGAAACUUUGUUCCAGACUUGUUGAAAAGCGUCUUUACGCACGAGCCGGACCCAGACCCGAGCCCUCGGAUCCGCCAUGCGCCUGUUGAGCCCGCCGUGCGGGGACGUCCUGCUGGGGAGACCCGGCGUGCUGCUGCUCUCCCUGCUCGCCUUUGUGCUGCCCGGCCACGGCUGCCCGGAUAAAUGCCUGUGCUCCUCGCAGACCGUGAAAUGCCAGAACCAGGAGCUGGCGGGGAUUCCCGAGCCCCUUCCACUGAACACCAAGAUCCUGUUCGUCACGGGGAACCGCAUUCCCCGCAUCGGCGAGGCCUCUUUCCCAUCCCUCCUGGAGCAACUCACAGAUCUGUAUCUCAGCGGUAAUGAGAUGGAGCAUGUGGACGCCAUGGCCUUUGAGAACCUGCCCAACCUGCAGCGGCUGGACCUGAGCAACAACAGACUGCUGACUCUCAGUGAGAGCGCCUUCCCAGAGGACAAUAAAGUUCAGCUUUUAAAUCUCAGCAGGUCCUUUCCGGGUCAAUUCCUCACGGAUACGGUGCAGAAUUUUUUGCAGAACUCAAGCCUGCAGCAGUUGACCACGUUGGACCUGUCCAACAACUACCUGGUGACUCUUCCCGGCGACGCCUUCGCCGGCCUGUCCAGCCUGGCCACGCUCAGCCUGCAGAACAGCUCCCUGGUCACCGUCCAGAACGGGACCCUGAAGCUGCCCCCGCUCCGGGACCUGGACCUGAGGGACAACAGCCUGAAGGAUCUGCCCGCCAGCACGCUGGCCGACAUCGGCCUGCAGCCCGACCUCCGCCUCUGGCUGGCCGGGAACCCCUGGCGCUGCGACUGCGUCCUGGACAACAUGCUGGCGUGGCUGAAGAACUCCACUCAGGUGAUGGAUGUGCAGAACCUGACCUGCAGCGACCCCGAGCCGCUGAGGCAGCAGCCCCUCCUGCAGCUGGAGGUGUCCCAGUUGAAGUGUUCGAGCAACAUGGAGGGAGUUCUGGAGACUUCCUACGUCUUCCUGGGGCUCGUGCUGGCCCUGAUCGGCGUCAUAUUCCUGCUCGUGCUCUACUUGAACAGAAAAGGCAUCAAGCGGUGGAUUUACAACAUCAGAGACGCUUGUAGGGACCACAUGGAGGGGUACCAUUACCGGUACGAGAUCAACUCCGACCCGCGCCUGGCCAACCUGAGCAUCAACUCGGACGUGUGAAGGGGGACGGGACAGUGUCUGGGAUCCUGUAGUGAGAUAUUAAUUUGCAUGACAGUCCCUCGCCCCUGCCAGCCCCCCCCCAUGACACCGUCCUGAGUUUACAUGUCAAAAAGCUUCCUCAAACCCCCCCACCGCCCCCCACACUCCCCACUCACAACUUUUGGUUCAACCUCUGCCGCAUGUCCCGCACAAAUACCAGGCAGCUGCGACUGCUCGCUCUGUGUGACACUGCAUGGACUACGAAUCGAGGCGAAGCGUCUUUUUUCCAGAGCUGCAUAUGGUGACAUGUUCUAUUUUUACUCGUCCUUACGGAUAAACAGACUUGAGUGCAUUGACUUUUAAAUGAAAGAAUAUUUGUCAAAAACGUUGGGCUGGUCAUUGCAUCCUUCUCAUUAGGCCUGCGCCGCAGAGACGUGUUACACCGCUUGACUUUUUCCUUUUUAACAUGUAAAUAUCUCACAUGCAAUAGACCAUGCCUUUUUUUUUUCUUUCUUUCUUUUUUAAAUCAUUAUAUUGCACACUGCAUAGUUUCUGGAUUUAUUAGAUGGAUGUUAUUGCUCUUUUUUCUGUGACAAUAUUCAGCUCAAUAAAAUGCCUCUGGAUUGCUGGUA